AUGGGUAAUAGCUUCAAACGAAAAAAAGGUACUGCUCAAGUUGUUCCACAACAGAGUCCAGUAUAUGUGUUUUCUCAACCACAACAACCAGUUCAAUACAAUCCAGCUAUUGUUCAACGACAACCGCAAGUAACUUUUCAAGGUGGAUUACCGUACUCAUCACCAUUUAUUACAAGUCAAACAACAUAUGAAAAUGAUAUUUUUCUUUCAAGUUUAACCGGUUGGUCUAUACAAGAUAUUGAACGAUUACGGCAAGAAUUUUUAAAUUAUGCUAAUCUGUAUGGCGUAAUAGAUCGUGAUGGAUUUCGAAAACUUUAUAUUGCUUCAUUACUUAAUACGACAUGGCAAGGAGUUGAACUUAAUACUGAAGCAGCUUUUCGUAGUUUUGAUGUAAAUCAAACAGGAGCAUUAGAUUUUAAUGAAUAUAUUAUGGCAUGUUUACGUAUGAUUAGAGGAAUGUAA